GUCAACGAUCUAGCACUACAGAUACUUCUCUCCGCUUAGAACGCAAUACGUACAAUGUGAAUGGCUCUGCCUUUCGGCCUCACCCCAGACUUGACUCACGGGGCAACCCCGCAUGAAACAUGUAUCACCCAAGCUGCGGCGCUGGAAGGGUCUGCAGGGCCGCCAGCCGAGGCUUUGUCACUCUCUAUUUCUACAGACAACAAGGACUCCGAGUCACUGGAAAGCUUCUGGGCGCCCUCGAUGCGAAGCUCUCCUGGCUAUCAAGAGAAACCCCCAGAUCAUCCGAGAUCGAGGAAAGGGCACAAAAAGUCCCGCGGAGGAUGCUAUAAUUGCAAGCGCCGAAAGAUAAAGUGUCAAGAAAACCAACCAGCCUGCCACAACUGCAUGAGAAUCAACGUGCCAUGCGUAUACCCACCUCGCCACUGCCUAAAGCCAAUUCAACCGCUCUACACGCCUUCGCUGGAGACCACGAGCUUGCAGUCGACGCCAACUAUCUUUAGCGCCUCUGAUAUGCGGUUGUUCCAUCACUUUAUUGUAAAUGCAUAUCCGCAUCUUCCUGUCGGGAACGACAGCGUUUGGGUGCGAGAAAUAGCAUCUUUCUCUCACACAUACGAUUUCCUCAUGCAAGCAAUGCUCUCCCUCUCCGCCGCCAACCUAACAGUGACCUCUACCUCCCCGCUCUACUCCUCAGCUCUCAGCUACCGCGGUCUUGCCAUCAGCGGUCUAAACACCGCCCUUUCUACCCCUCCAACAUGUAAAGCACAUGCCGACGCCAUUCUAGCCACAUGUUGGAUUCUCGCAGCCGUGACGAUGUAUUUGGGUGAAAGCGUCGAGGAGUUCUUCACGAUGAUGAGGGGAAUUAGCUUGGUUUCACGCCAGGGUUGGGCAAGUAGGUACGGGACUUCGUUUCUGAAACUGGAGGGUGGUAGUCAGACGGAGGUUACUGUAUCGAGGUUUAGGGAUGUGCCGCUGGUUCCUGGGCAUCUUGUGGCCGAAGCAAGGGAGGCAAUUAAGAUGAUGAGGGCGUUGGAGAUGAAAGGCGUGGAGGAGGAGGUAUUCAAGUUGCAGGCUGAGAUCGUGCGGUUACUGUCUGUUUCGUCACUUGAAGCGUACCUCAAGUACAGACAGAUUCACGCCGUCUUAUCUGUCCUCCCUCAUGCAGAAUUCCAGGCUUUCAUUGAUCCUUCGAACACUCUCGCACAGAUUCUCUUGGCUCAUUACGUGGCACUGCUUGCUCUGAUGGCACCGAUCAAAUCGCGGGAAUGGGCAGGCAGGAGUAUGGGGACUGUUAAGCGGAACACUGUUUUCAAGUUGGAUUCUAUUUGGAAUAAUGUUCCGGAGGAUAUGAGAGGAUAUCUUUACUGGCCUAUGAAAGCCACAGGCUCUAUCCCUGGCAUUCCGCCUUAUUUGAAGGUUAUGUAUCCGUAAAAGGAAGUCCUGCGUGCUUGGUGGAGUUUUAAGACCUACGCACAUUCGAAAGAGGAGGAGUCAGUGGGGGGGAAAGAAGCUGAUUGGAUGGGAGUGGGAGAGCUGCCGGUGUGGUUUCUCGGCUGCUGGGAUACUCGGAUUCCUCGCAUCCAGCUUGCAUCUGCGGAAGCCAAACUCACCACUA